CUCCCCAACACAGACAGAACUGCAGUCACCACAGACAGAAUGUUUUCCCCUCCCCAAUACAGACAGAACUGCAGUCACCACAGACAGAAUGUUUUCCCCUCUCCAUCACAGACAGAACUGCAGUCACCACAGACAGAAUGUUUUCCCCUCCCCAAUACAGACAGAACUGCAGUCACCACAGACAGAAUGUUUUCCCCUCCCCAACACAGACAGAACUGCAGUCACCACAGACAGAAUGUUUUCCCCUCCCCAAUACAGACAGAACUGCAGUCACCACAGACAGAAUGUUUUCCCCUCCCCAACACAGACAGAACUGCAGUCACCACAGACAGAAUGUUUUCCCCUCCCCAACACAGACAGAACUGCAGUCACCACAGACAGAAUGUUUUCCCCUCCCCAAUACAGACAGAACUGCAGUCACCACAGACAGAAUGUUUUCCCCUCCCCAACACAGACAGAACUGCAGUCACCACAGACAGAAUGUUUUCCCCUCCCCAAUACAGACAGAACUGCUCCAUGAAGUUUGGCUCGUGGACCUACGACGGCAACAUGGUCGACCUGGUCCUUCUCGACCACUACGUCGACCGUAAGGACUUCUUCGACAACGGUGAAUGGGAGAUCCUCAACGCCACCGGCGCCAAGGGCAGCCGGCGGGACGGUAUCUACUGGUACCCCUUCGUUACCUACUCCUUCAUCCUCAAGAGGCUUCCCUUGUUCUACACACUCUUCCUCAUCAUCCCCUGUCUCGGUCUGUCCUUCCUGACCGUGUUGGUGUUCUACCUCCCGUCUGAUGAAGGAGAGAAGUUGUCUCUGUCCACGUCGGUCCUGGUGUCUCUCACCGUGUUCCUCCUCGUCAUCGAAGAGAUUAUACCUUCCUCCUCCAAGGUGAUCCCUCUGAUUGGAGAGUACCUCCUCUUCAUCAUGAUCUUCGUCACCUUCUCCAUCAUCGUCACGGUGUUUGUCAUCAACGUCCACCACCGCUCCUCAGCCACCUACCACCCCAUGGCCCCCUGGGUAAAAAACCUCUUCCUCCAGAGGCUACCCAGACUGCUUUGCAUGAGGGGACACACUGACAGGUACCACUACCCAGACAUUGAGCUGCGUAGCCCAGAGCUGAAGCCCCGCGGAGGUCCAGGGAGGAGGGGGGCGUCGGGCCAGGGCCAAGCCCAGCAGAGAGGCCCUGUCGGGGGGAAGGAGGAUGAGAACCAUGCCUGGUUGGCCAUGCUGGAGAAAGCCACCAGCUCAGUACGGUACAUCAGCCGUCACAUCAAGAAGGAACACUUUAUCAGAGAGGUGGUGCAGGACUGGAAGUUUGUGGCUCAGGUGUUGGACAGGAUCUUAUUGUGGGUGUUCCUCACUGUCUCCAUACUGGGUACCAUCCUCAUCUUCACUCCAGCCAUCACUUUGUACCUGACCACCCCCCCCUUCAACACAUAGACCCUAACCCCUACACCCUACCCCUAACACCCUGCAACACAUAAUCAGUAGACCCUAACCCCUACACCCUGCAACACAUAAUCAGUAGACCCUAACCCCUACACCCUACCCCCUACACCAGGGCUGUGGGUCCUGGAGGCCCAAACACUUCUGGUUUUCAUCCUCUCCUUCUAAUCAGGGACUAGUUCAGACCUGGGACACCAGGUUCCUCUCUAAUCAGGGACUAGUUCAGACCUGGGACACCAUGUUCCUCUCUAAUAAGGGACUAGUUCAGACCUGGGACACCAGGUGAGUGCAACUGACUGGAAUUGAACAGCCCUGCUCUACAGGGCUCUACACCCUAAGUCCUACACCCUGCCUACUUCAGGGGUAUUCAAAUCUUACCCAACGAGGUCCGGAGUACUGCUUGUUUUCAGAUUUUUAUUUGAGGGCUCUACUCCCUAACCCAGUGUUUCCCAAUCCUGGUCCUAGGGACCCAGAAGGGUGCACAUUGUGGAUUUUGCCCAGCACCAACACACCUGAUUCCACUAAUUUGUAGUGUGUUGGUGCCAGUAGUGUAAAGUACUUAGGUCAAAAUAAUGGUUGGUGCUGGUGCCAGUACCAGGAUCAGGAAACACUGCCCUAACCCCCACAUCCUACAUCCUACACCCUACAUCCUAACCCCUACAUCCUACAUCCUAACCCCUACAUCCUAACCACUACAUCCUACACCCUACAUCCUAACCCCUACAUCCUAACCCCUACAUCCUACACCCUACAUCCUAACCCCUACAUCCUAUAUCCUAACCCCUACAUCCUAACCCCUACAUCCUACAUCCUAACCCCUACAUCCUAACCCCUACAUCCUAACCCCUACAUCCUAACCCCUACAUCCUACAUCCUAACCCCUACAUCCUAACCUCUACAUCCUAACCCCUACAUCCUACACCCUACAUCCUAACCUCUACAUCCUAACCCCUACAUCCUACACCCUACAUCCUAACCCCUACAUCCUACACCCUACAUCCUAACCCCUUCAUCCUAACCCCUACAUCCUACACCCUACAUCCUAACCCCUACACCCUACAUCCUACAUCCUAACCCCUACAUCCUACACCCUACAUCCUAACCCCUACAUCCUACCAUCCUCAUCUCUUCAGAUGUACCUUAGUGCCAGACAUUGAAGAUCCUGACCAAGUCCCCGACCACUGCUCUCAACACCUGCUAAGUACCUCACAGCCCCCCAUCACCAAGACCUCCAAACCAUAUGCAACGGAGUUGGAAUCACUACCUCUUCUAUAGUGUGAUUGGCUACGACGCUGGAAGUCAAGAGGGGGGUCAUGUGUAUUUACGAGGCAGAGGAUCCCUGGUUGGUUGGAGCCCAGGGACAUGGGAGGAAGCUAUACUGUGACGUGUGUUACACAACUCCAGGCUUUACCCCAACUCUAGCCCCAGUCACCAACCCCAAACCCCUGACCCCUGACCCUAAAGGUCGCCCUCCACAUUUUCCUUUGGAAGAAUCUAAGUCUAUCGCGACCUCUUCACCCUUGAAGCCAUAACCCCUAACCCCUAACCUCUAACCCCUAACCCCUAUACUUGCACGUGGAAUUCAACUUGCGUGUCCUAAAAUACACCACGUAAUGUAAUUAUGACUACUGUACAUCAUCACUGAUAGCCUGGGUACCAGUCUGUUUGUGCUAACGUUUCACUCUGUGUCAUGUCAUGUUUGGCACAUGACACCGAGUAGACGGAGUGGAAUGUUAGCACAAAACAGAUCUGGGUUUCAGGCUACAUUACUAAAGGACUUCACCUCCAAACUGUACAACACAUAGUCACUUGUUUACGUAACUAUAUACAUUGUAGCCUGAGUGCCAGUCUGUUUGUGACAUCACUCUAAAUCCUCCUCAUCCAUAGUCAUGCCAAUUGGCUAGCCUGGUCCUAGAUCUGUUUGUGCCAUGAUUCCAACUCAAGGAGUAGCACAAACAGAUCUGGGACCAGCCUACAAAUUGGCUUGCAGUGACGGUAGUGGAGUUGUCAAGAGCACAAACAGAUCUGGGACCAGCCUAACUAUAACGUGCACCUGUUGUUUAAACCCUUGGAUUCAAGCCAAACACUUUGGUUUACAACUCAAAACUCCAAGCACUGUGACGCACAUGUACAUAGGACUAUAAGCAAUAACCAAGACACUGAUAUCUUAUACCAGAUCUCUAUGUUAUUAUUUGACUAUAUUUAUGUCGGUUCACAUUAGAAAUGUACAAAGUCACCUGCCUGCUAAAUGUUCUUACUCUUUCCUGUCGUCAGUCAGCACAUACCAACGACACAUUCGGGAUUCUUCUUAUACACACACACACACACACACACACACACACACACACGCACACACACACACACACACACACACAGACACACAGACACACACACACACACACACACACACACACACACACACACACACACACACACAGACACACAGACACACACACACACACACACACACACACACACACACACACACACACACACACACACACACACACACACACACACACACGCACACACUCUCUAGCCCUCUUUCACAUGUUGCAACUUGUUGUGUAAUAUUGUAUUGGAAAUAAACCUGGUCAAUGUAACUAAAUCCUAUUAAACAACACAAUGGCUGAGCAACUA